UGGGUCUGUGGCUCUAGAAGUGACGGGGUCAGCCGUCCAGCAGACAGCCGAGCGAGGAGGCGGUGGGCCAGCCUGCUCUCUCCAGGGAAAGAGGGGGCCACUUUCCUGGUCUCCCAGAACCUGCAGUCUGUUCAGGCCGCUGAGGGGGAAGCUGAGGAGCUGCGCCGUGGACGCUCCACCCGGUGCCGCCACCGCCUUGGCUGCCAUGAUGGAUCGGAAGUGAGCCUCUGGGCGAGGCUGCCGGCGCCGGCGCUUCCAGUCUCCGUCCCCCUCCGCCCCCUGCGGGGAAAGUGCGACCCCGGGGACUUCUUCUCUCGACCUUCGCGACCCUAGACCCUCAGCCCGGGCCUGCUUCCUCCCGGACUGAGCGGCGGGGAGUGGCUCCCGGCCUCCGGCCCCGGCAGCGAGGAAGAUGGCGGACCCGGCAGAGUGCAACAUCAAAGUGAUGUGUCGCUUCAGACCUCUCAACGAGUCUGAAGUGAACCGCGGCGAUAAGUACAUCGCCAAGUUCCAGGGAGAAGACACGGUCAUGAUCGCGACCAAGCCUUAUGCAUUUGAUCGGGUAUUUCAGUCAAACACAUCGCAAGAGCAAGUGUAUAAUGACUGUGCAAAGAAGAUUGUAAAAGAUGUACUUGAGGGAUACAACGGAACAAUAUUUGCAUAUGGACAGACAUCCUCUGGGAAGACACACACAAUGGAGGGAAAACUUCAUGAUCCAGAAGGCAUGGGAAUUAUACCAAGAAUAGUGCAAGAUAUUUUUAAUUAUAUUUAUUCCAUGGAUGAAAAUUUGGAAUUUCAUAUUAAGGUUUCAUAUUUCGAAAUUUAUUUGGAUAAGAUAAGGGACCUAUUAGAUGUUUCAAAGACCAACCUUUCAGUUCAUGAAGAUAAAAACCGAGUUCCUUAUGUAAAGGGUUGCACAGAGCGUUUUGUAUGUAGUCCAGAUGAAGUUAUGGAUACCAUAGAUGAAGGAAAAUCCAACAGACAUGUAGCAGUUACAAAUAUGAAUGAACAUAGCUCUAGAAGUCACAGUAUAUUUCUUAUUAAUGUAAAACAAGAGAACACGCAAACGGAGCAAAAGCUGAGUGGAAAACUUUAUCUGGUUGAUUUAGCGGGUAGUGAAAAGGUUAGUAAAACUGGAGCUGAAGGUGCUGUGCUGGAUGAAGCUAAGAACAUCAACAAGUCACUUUCUGCUCUUGGAAAUGUUAUUUCUGCUUUGGCCGAGGGUAGUACAUAUGUUCCAUAUCGAGAUAGUAAAAUGACAAGAAUCCUUCAAGAUUCAUUAGGUGGGAACUGUAGAACCACUAUUGUAAUUUGCUGCUCUCCAUCAUCAUACAAUGAAUCUGAAACAAAAUCGACACUCCUUUUUGGCCAAAGGGCCAAAACAAUUAAGAAUACAGUUUGUGUCAAUGUAGAAUUAACUGCAGAACAGUGGAAAAAGAAGUAUGAAAGAGAAAAAGAAAAAAAUAAGACCCUCCGUAACACCAUUCAGUGGCUUGAAAACGAACUCAACCGAUGGCGUAAUGGAGAGACAGUACCUAUUGAUGAGCAGUUUGACAAAGAGAAAGCCAACUUGGAAGCUUUCGCAGUGGAUAAAGAUAUUGUUAUUACCAAUGAUAAACCAGCAGCCACAAUUGGAGUUACUGGAAACUUUACUGAUGCUGAAAGAAGAAAGUGUGAAGAAGAAAUUGCUAAAUUGUACAAACAACUUGAUGACAAGGAUGAGGAAAUUAAUCAACAGAGCCAGUUGGUAGAGAAAUUGAAGACACAAAUGUUGGAUCAGGAAGAGCUUCUGGCAUCUACCAGAAGGGAUCAAGAUAAUAUGCAAGCUGAACUGAAUCGCCUUCAAGCAGAAAACGAUGCCUCUAAAGAAGAAGUAAAGGAAGUUUUACAAGCCUUAGAGGAACUUGCUGUCAAUUAUGAUCAGAAGUCUCAGGAAGUUGAAGACAAAACUAAGGAAUAUGAAUUGCUUAGUGAUGAAUUGAAUCAGAAAUCAGCAACUUUAGCAAGUAUAGAUGCUGAGCUUCAGAAACUUAAGGAAAUGACUAACCACCAGAAAAAACGAGCAGCUGAGAUGAUGGCAUCUUUACUAAAAGACCUUGCAGAAAUAGGAAUUGCUGUAGGAAAUAAUGACGUAAAGCAGCCUGAGGGAACUGGCAUGAUAGAUGAAGAGUUCACUGUUGCAAGGCUCUACAUUAGCAAAAUGAAGUCAGAAGUAAAAACAAUGGUAAAACGCUGCAAACAGUUAGAAAGCACACAAACUGAGAGUAACCAAAAAAUGGAAGAAAAUGAAAAGGAGUUAGCAGCAUGCCAGCUUCGUAUCUCUCAACAUGAAGCCAAAAUUAAAUCACUGACUGAAUACCUUCAAAAUGUGGAACAAAAGAAAAGACUGCUGGAGGAAUCUGUUGAUUCCCUCAGUGAAGAACUAGUCCAACUUCGAGCACAAGAGAAAAUGCAUGAAAUGGAAAAAGAGCACUUAAAUAAGGUUCAGACUGCAAAUGAAGUUAAGCAAGCUGUUGAACAGCAGAUCCAAAGCCACAGAGAAACUCAUCAGAAACAAAUUAGUAGUUUGAGAGAUGAAGUUGAGGCAAAAGAAAAACUUAUUACUGAUCUUCAAGACCAAAACCAGAAAAUGAUGUUAGAACAGGAACGCCUGAGAGUAGAACAUGAGAAGUUGAAAGCUACAGAUCAGGAAAAGAGCAGAAAACUACAUGAACUUACGAUUAUGCAAGAUAGACGAGAACAGGCAAGACAAGACUUAAAGGGUUUGGAAGAGACAGUGGCAAAAGAACUUCAGACUUUACACAACCUGCGGAAGCUCUUUGUUCAGGAUCUAGCCACCAGAGUUAAAAAGAGUGCAGAGAUCGAUUCUGAUGACACUGGAGGCAGUGCUGCUCAGAAGCAAAAAAUCUCUUUUCUUGAAAAUAAUCUUGAGCAACUCACUAAAGUCCAUAAACAGUUGGUACGUGAUAAUGCAGAUCUUCGCUGUGAACUUCCUAAGUUGGAAAAGCGACUGAGAGCCACAGCUGAGAGAGUGAAAGCUCUGGAGUCAGCACUGAAAGAAGCCAAAGAAAAUGCAUCUCGUGAUCGCAAACGCUAUCAGCAAGAAGUAGAUCGUAUAAAGGAAGCAGUCAGGUCAAAGAAUAUGGCCAGAAGAGGGCAUUCUGCACAAAUUGCUAAACCUAUUCGUCCUGGGCAACAUCCAGCAGCUUCUCCAACUCAUCCAAGUGCAAUUCGUGGAGGAGGUGCAUUUACUCAGAACAGCCAGCCCGUGGUAGUAGUACGAGGUGGAGGAGGCAAACAAGUAUAAGCAUUACACAUUACCUACAGGUGUUGAGAGUAAUUGAAGAAUGAAGAAGACAUAAUAUCAAGCAGAGUCAUUCAGUAACUAUAAAAUUUACCCCUGGGAAUUGUAGAAUUACAGCUAUUUUAAAUAUAUAAAUUAUACCUGGCCUGAAGGGCUGUUUUCUGCUCACUUUUCUUGUAACUCUGCUGCUUCCCAACAAAACUUAGAGUGCAAUUUUGGCUUCUUAGGAGGGAAAAAUGACAGUUUACAACUGUGGCCCUAUUUAUUAUACAAUUUGUUUUUUGUGUCUUGCAUUUAGUCUUCACUGUGCCAAUCUAUCUAUCAUAUAGAAUUAUGCUUUUUGUACUUGUUUCUUUAUGUGUGGUUUUUAAUCUCAAAUUACCUAGCUGCUGUUGCUUUUCAUUUCUUUUUCUUAUUAAAGUGUCUUCCUUAUUUUAGGGGAAAAUGUAAACACAUUUAGAUUAAAUUUCUUAAAUUUUACCACUUACAACACUACAUGCCCACACAAAUAUAUCAGGUCAAUACUACAAAUGAUUUCAGAGUCAAAUUUAUUUGUAUCUUUUCUGAUGUUUGCUUCUGAAAACUACUGUUUGAGCACUGAAACCAUAAAACUGUCUAAGUAGUCAUUUGAGACUGAGUAAGGCUACUUGAUUGUUAUUUCAUGAAAUUCUUGUUGCUGAAUUUUCUUGAAUAGAAAUAUUUUACAAUAUCAAAAACUAAUCUCAGUUUGAAAAAGAGUUCGGAAAACGAAUUAUAUUUGCCUUUUUUCCAAUUCUAUAAUCAACAUAGCUUGAUGGAAUGAAAAUUUCCUGCUUCAGAUUUUGGAGGAUCCACAGAGUCUGUGGGGAUCGGUCAUGGCCCAACACCCUGAGGCCACAGACAAGUACACGUGGCCCCACUGUUGCAGCCCAAUGCCCCAGGAUGUACAAGCCUGAUGCCACCCAGUGAACCUGAACCUGUGCCCCUGACAACUAUCCCACUGACUAGAUGGGGCGCACCUGGCCCCACCAUUAUGAUCUUACUCUCCUGGAUGCACCAACUGGCCAUCACGACCCAGCAUGUCUGACCCAGUACCCCUUGGACAACCAGCCUUACAUCCUUACACCAGGCCACACUUUCAUUACCUGGCACCCCUGGAAGACCCAACCCUGCCAUGACCCAAUACCCCCAGUGGACCUGUCUCUGUGACCUAACAUGCCUGAUCUGGUGCCCUAGAAGACUGGACCCACUAAAUAGGGAGACAAAGAAAUAAUCCCCAAGAAAAGGAAGAAUUGACACAAAAGGAGCUAAAUGAAAUGGAGGCAAGCAAUUUAUCAGAUACAGCGGUCAAGGUAAUAGUGAUAAGGGUCCUCAAACAACUUAAAACUUCAAGCAACUUAAUGAGAACUAGAAGGAACUCAGUGGGAACUUCAUAAGCAUGAAAAAGUAUGUAGAAACCAUGAAUAAGACUCGAUUGGAAAUUAACAGUGACGUAGCUAAAAGGAAUACCAUGGAAGGAAUCAACAGAUUAGAAAAAACUCAGGACCAAAUAGGCAAAUUAGAGACAAGGUUGAAAAAACAUCCAAACAGAGUAGCAAUUAGAAAAUAAAAAUAAAAAGGAUAAUUUAAGGGAGCUUUGGGACAACAUAACACUUCCAAGAGCUUUCUUAAGAGACUGGAAUUAUCCUAAUUCCAAAACCAGAUAAAGACACUACAAAGAAAAUUAGUUGGUAUCCUUGAUGAAAAGAUGCUAAAACCCUCAACAAAAUAUUAGCAAAUCAGAUCCAGCAAUAUAUUAAAAAGACCAUACACCAUGAUCAAGUGAGACUUAUUACAGGAAUGCAAUGCUGGUACAGUAUUCACAAAUCCAUCGAUUUGCUAUCCUGUAUAAUAAAAGCCUAAUAUGCAAAUCAACCAAACGGAGAAACGACUGGUCACUAUGAUGCGCACUGACCACUAGGGGGCAGAUGCUCAACUCGAGCCUCCCCGCAGACCCCAGGCCAGCCAAGGUGGGUACCAGUGGGGGCCUCCCAAUUGCCCCACAGAUUGGCCCUGAUCACUGACCAGGCCUAAGGACCCUACCCGUGCACAAAUUAUCCGCAAAGUGGGAAUAAAAGGAUCAUACCUCAACAUAAUAAAGGCCAUAUAUAACAAAUCUACAGCGAACAUCAUAGUCAAUGGGCAAAAAUUAAAAUCAUUUCCCUUAAGAACAAAAACAAGACAGUGAUGUCCACUUUCACCACUCUUACUCAACAUAGAACUGGGAGUCUUAGCCACAACAAUCACACAGUAAGAAGAAAUUAAAAGGCAUCCAAAUUGGAAAGGUGGAAGUAAAACUCAUUAUUCAAGGAUGAUAUGAUAUUGCUCAUAGAAAACCCUAAUGACUCCACCAAAAAACUCGAUUUAAUCAAUAAAUUUGGCAAUGUAGCAGGAUACAAAGUUAACACCCAGAAAUCCAUGGCAUUUCUUUAUUCACCAAUAAUGAACUCUCAGAAAGAGAAACUAAAAAACACAUCCCUUUACCAUUGCAACAAAAAAAAAAAAAUUAAGGUACUUAAGAAUAAAUUUAACCAGGGAGGUAAAAGGCCUAUAUUUGGAAAACUACAGCUUUUGAAAAAAGAGAGAGGAAGAUACAAACAAAUGUAAGAAUAUACUGUUCAUAGAUUGUUAGAAUUGAAAUGUCCAUACUAUCCUAAGCAAUCUAUAAAUUCAAUGCAAUCUAUUAAAAUAUCAACAGUAUAUUUCACAAAUCUAGAACAAGCACUCCAGAAAUUUAUAUAGAACCCUAAAUAGCCACAGCAGUCUUGAGAAAGAACAAAUUUGGAGGUAUUGUAAUACCAGAUAUCAAGUUAUACUACAAAGCCACUGCAUUCAAAAGAGCCUUCUACUGGCACAGGAAUAGGCAUAUAGAUCAAUGGAAAAGAACAAAGAACUCAGAAAUUGACCAAGCCUUUACACUCAAAUAAUACUUGACAAAGGGAGCAAGAGUAUACACUGGAGUAACAACAGUCUUUUCAAUAAAUGAUGCUGGUAAAAUUGGACAGGUACAUGCAAAAAAAAUGGAACUAGACCACCAACUUACACUAUACACAAGAAUAAACUCAAAGUGCAUAAAGGACUUAAAUGUAAGUCGUGAAACUAUAAAAAUCCUAGAAGAAACCACUGGCAGCAAAACCUCAGACAUCUCUCAUAGCAAUAUGUUUGCCAAUACAUCUCCUAGGGCAAGGGAAACAAAAGAGAAAAUAAACAAAUGGGACUACAUCAAAAUAAGCUUCUGUGCAGCAAAAGAAACCAUCAAAAAAAAUGAAAAGGGAUCCCACUGUAUGGGAGAACAUAUUUGCCAUUGAUACAUCUGAUAAUGGGUUAAUUUCUAAAAUAUAAGGAACUCAUACAACUCACUCAAAAAAAGAAAACAGUCCAAUUAAAAAAUGGGCCAAGGACCUAAAUGGACACUUCUUCAAAGUGGUCACACAGCUGGCCAAGAGACAUGAAAAAAUGUACAAAGUCACUAAUGAGAGAUGCAAAUUAAAAGUACAAUGAUGUACCUUCUCACAUCUGCCAGAAUGGCUACCAUCAUUAAGUCAGUAACAAGAGCUGGUGAGAAUGUGGAGAAAAAGGAAUCCUGGCACACUGCUGGUGGGAAUGCAGACUGGUGCAGCCACUAUUGAAAAGAGGCUGUACCAGUUUCCUAAAGUUAAAAAUGAAACUAUUGUUUGACCCAGUGAUUCUAGGAAUAUACCCUAAGAAUCCCAAAGCACCAAUCAGGAAGAAUAUGUGCACCCCUAUGUUCAUAGCAGCACAAUUGACAAUAGCUAAGAUUGGCAACAGCCCAGGUGCCAAUCAGUAGACAAGUCAAUAAAAUAGCUGGUACAUUUACACAGUGCAAGACUAUGCAGUUGUAAAAAAGAUCUAUAUUACGUUUGAGACAGCAUGGAGGAACCUGAAGAUGAUUAUGCUAAGUAGAAAAAGCCAGUCAGAGAAAGACAAGUACCAUAUGAUCUCACUUAUAUGUGGAAUUUAAUGAACAUAAUAAACUGAUGAAUAAAAUAGAACAAGAGGCAUGGAAACAUGGAACAGAGUAAUGAAUGUCAUAGGGAAAGUUGGAAGGGGGAGAGAUUAACACCUUGCUUCAUUUCACUGAGCCUGGUAGUUAACAUGAGAAUUGAACAAAUAUUAAUUUGUCCACUUAAUAUAGUGAAAUGAAUUGAGAUGUUAUAUAAUUAAAUAAUUUUAUAUUGUCUACUGUAUUGGCUGAUUAAGUUUAUAGACUGAGAGUUUAGAAAAAAGUGGAAGAACCAGACAAAUAUAUGCUAAGUUUAUAAAUAUGUAGGUAAUUUCUGGACUCAAGUUCUUGAAGUACUUCUAACCUCCUACACUAAUUCAUACACUAUAAUUUAUAUCUUACUUAGCCUGGAAAUAGUAAAUUGUUUGCAAGUCACUAAUAAUCCUCAAAUUAUUUUGUUUUAUCCCAUAAUUUUAUAAUUAGUACUAAAUGUACCUGUUUUUGCCACCCUUUCCUCAGUUGAUAAAACUAAGUCAACAGUUUAUUUUAGGGAGCUAUAAAAGUAAUAGGGAAGGAGAUUUCAAUAUUUGCUUCAUCAAUGGAGUGGUGACUCCCAACUGUUUUAGCAGAAAUUUGCCUAGAAUGGUGGGUAUAUAAUGUUUUCAGUCAGCAGAGAAACUUGGAAAGUUCUGUGUUAGGAUCUCGCUGGCAGAAUUUACUUUCUGAAGAAGUUUUAUACAUAGAUAUUUGUAAUAAAUUUGGAGCAUAGUCAGAAGACUCAGAUCAUAAUUGGCUUAUUUUUCUAUUUCCUUAACUAUUGUAAUUUCCACUUUUAUAUAAUUUUGAUUUAAAAGGUAAAUUUAUUUAUUUUUUUAAUAGUAAAAAAUUUUUGCUGUUGUAGUCUACAUCCUUUAAAGUGAUUGUGUUCCUUUUAGGAUUGAUCAGAAGAAACACUCCAAAAAUUGAUAUGAAACAUUGCAGCAAGAUUAAAGUAAUGCAGUUAACUUUAUUUUGUUUUCAAAUGAAAACUUGCUUCUUAGGCAAUAUUCAUCAAUGAAGCAGAAUUUUUUUCCUCUUUGUCUGAAUAUGGGAAUUUCAUUCUUGUUAGAUGUAUCACGGGUAUUGGAGCUGUGUAACUGAAUUGUAGCUAGCAUGUGGUUCAGAUUAUACAAUGUUAGUUUUUUUUAAAUAUCUGAAUUUUUUUAUUUAUAAUUUCAAACUUUCACAGCAGUGUACAGAGAAUUUCAUAAAUUUGUUUUCAGUGAACUCUUUUUGCUAUAGGUUAUUAGACAUAGUGUUUACUCUUAUAAAUGAAAAUUUCUGGUAAUCUAAAACAUUGACACUUCAAUUUGCAGUGUUUUGUUUUGUACUCAAUAUAUUAACGGUCCUCUGAAUGGUAUUGAUAAAUGGUUCAGAAGAGUAACUCAGUAAAGUAAAAGUAAUAUUUAUUCAUGAUAAGCAAUUAAAUUAUUUGCCUAACUUAAGAAAACUACUGUGUGUAACUCAAUUUGACACAAGGCGAUAGAAGAGUCAGAGUUUACCUGUGGAAUAUGUUGGUUUAUUCUCAGUGUUUGAAGAUACAUUUGAAGAUAAUUGAUUUGGGAAGAUGCCAUAUAAUCUUACUUUUUUUUUAACCUGCAUGCUGUAAAUGUGUUUUAUGUUUAAAUAAAGAGGAAAAAUUUUAUGAAAUGUAAUGACUUUUUUAAAACUUACUUGAUGAAGUAUUAGGUUGAGUUUAGCCUUUGGUCUUGACAGAAUAAUGACUAAUAUGUCAUAUUUGCAUAUUUUGUUUCCUAAUGUAUUACAUUCUUCGGACAGCAAGUACCUCUGGUGUGAAAGUGGGCUAAAAAAGAUUAGUUGACAUCCUACUUAGGACUUUCAAUUUAAUCCCAAAAUAACCUCUUCAAGAUUGUACAGCAUGAUAGCUGCUUCUCAAACUGAAAAACACGAACAGUUGAGGAUGGGAAACAAUACUGAAAACAAGGAGUGUGCCAGUUACCAAUUUUGUCUCCUCUCCAAAUCCACUCUUCAUUAAUAUUAUAGGUUGAGAUGUAUUCCUCCAAACUUCAUAUGUUAAAAGUCCUAAACCCCAGAACCUUUCUUGGAGUUAGGGUCUUUUCAGAGAUAAUCAAGUUGAAGAUAAUCAGGGUGGCCCUAAUCCAGUAUUGCUCACCUCAUAAAAGAGAGAUUUGGACAGAGAUACAGAAGAUGUGAAGAGGCAAAGGUAGAUCAUGGUCUACAAGCCAUGAAGAGAGGCCUGAUCAUUCCCUCACAGCCCUCAGAAGAAACCCACCUUGCCAACACCCUGAGUUUGGACUUUAGCCUCUAGAACUGUGAGACCAUAAAUUUCUAUUAAGUCACCCAAUCUGUGGUACUUUGUUAUGAUAACCCUAGCAAACUAAUACAAUUUCCUGUUAUAAUGAGCUGGACCCUUUAAGCAGUUCUCCUUUUUUACCUCUGGCAUGCUUUGUUUGCUUGGUAUUAUCAUCCAGUUAUCAAUGGAGUUUGGAUAGGGGUGGGCAUAUCCAGUGGCCCCAAUGUACAUAGUCACAGUGAGCUCAAAGCCCUGGGCCUGGCCCUGUGAUGGUCUCUCUAGCCAGUAAGUGGGUGCCCAAAGUUCUGAUUCCCUGGGUGAGACUGAUCUUCAGUCUUAUGGAGAGGUACUUCCUGACCCCUGUCUUCUGGAGAGGUGUGCCAGCGUUAGCCCAUCUGUAUUCCAGUGAGGUAUUUUCUUCCCAGUCCCAGCUAUGGAUCCCAGCUACCAGACUCAGCCUGAGAGCACCCCAGAGAGACACUUCAUGCUUCCCUGGGCACUGCCUCAACUCUAAUCCAAGUAACAUAUCAAACUUCACCACCCAAUAGCUGCAGCCACACCUUUGUCAAUGAGAUCUGAGACCCAGACAUAGGGUGGAGAACUCCCUUCUAAGUUUGUACCACCCUUGGGUACGCUCCCUUAGCCCUAGAUUAUUCUCUAAAGUUCUUUGUAGCCAUUUAUAGUUACAACUUGGACCUUGACUGAUACAUAGGGUAAAAUGACAUUUUAUAAUCAGAAUUUUUAGAAUCUCUGCUGCCCUGUUCCCUCACUUGGAUAUCUGAAUGCUGACAUCCAGGCUUAUGGUCUCCAGCCAGGAAAUUAGAAGAUUCUUCUGAGAAAACUGUGACAGCUGACAUGGGGUAAACACAAGGAAGCAGUACAGCUUCAGAAAUGCCAGUUAUCCUCGCAUGAACCAAUUGCUUCUAGUCAGCUUUUUCGUGUCUCCAUCUUAAAUACGUGCAAUCUAGCAAAGAUAACCAGGCAUUUGAGGAAGUCUCUAAGGUGAAAGGAUCAAUACAGAAAAAAAAAAAAAAAAAGAAA